GUGAGCGUAGAAGAACGCGGGGUUCCGUAUGAGCCGAACUGGGUUUCAGGGGACCUGGUCGGCUAUGACGAAACGACCGAAGUCCCGCUAAGCGCCGUCUCGGAGACGACCGGGGAAGAGGAGGUGACGGAGCCUCUGCAACAGAGCGACCUCCUGCGACCUCUCCUCGUGGACAUCGCCAGGCACGGACUCAGCCACGCGUACGAGAAAUACCGCAAUCGGGGCCGUCAGAUCUGCAGUGGUGGAGGUGAAUGCAAGCAGACGCAGAAUGCCAAAAACGUCAUCGUCGUGGGUGCGGGGAUGGCGGGGAUGGUGGCCGCGUACGAGCUCAUACGAGUCGGCCACAACGUGACGAUACUAGAGGCCCAAGACAGAGCCGGAGGCCGAGUGCGCACCUACGACCACAAGGACGGCUUUAAGAAGGGACUUCACGUGGACGCUGGGGCCAUGAGACUGCCGAACCGACCUGGAGAUAAAUACAAGGUCCACUUCCUCACUGACUACUACACUGAGGAGCUUUUCAAACUGGAAGUGGUCGACUUUGUCAACAGCAACGACAACACGUUCCUCAAGUUCUACAACCAUCCCCUCACACAAAAAAAGGAUUGGGAUGAUGCCACAUUCUCUAAGCUGUGGCCAGGGUGGGAUCGCACCAUUCGACUGACCGGAGCCAAGUCCAAGUACAACAUCACCAACAUUGGU